UAUUACGCACACAUUUCUCGUGCUGGCUUGUUUCUCACAGUUGCGCGUGUCGCUUCCGAGUUGAUUGCGCGUCGAGGCUUUACGCGACAUCAAACAGUUGCCCCAGUUUUUUCGAUUUGUUUUUUAUUUUAUUUUUUAUUUGAACCGAAACUAUCGGGACAUCAUAACGGAAGAUCCUUUUCGCUCUCCAUCGGCGGCUUAUAUCUUUCUCUGUGUGUGUGCAUACGGAUGAUAUCCAUCUCGCAGUGCGCCAGGGAUUUAUGGAGGGCCGAACCAAACUGGACAAAGUGCGGAUGAAGAAGAUUCUAUAGGCGUCGGUCUCAUCUUCUUUUCGGCUUAGACGAUUUUUCUUCUUCUUCUUUUUUUUUUCCUUUAUCCCGGUGUUGUGUUUGAUCUUGGUGUGUGGUCUGUGCUGCGCCGUCGUGAUUUACGGCCGGAACUUUUUUUUUUCCUCUUUCCGUCUCCUCCCCCUCCCCCUAUAUAAGGGGUGAUUUGAUGGGGGGACACGAUGACGACGGAGGAUCUGAUUCGACGUGAACGGGAAAUGUACUUGUACCGUCAUCACUCGCUUCUUCUUCUUCUUCUUCUUGGAAGUUUCGUCUCGCAUAAACUCGGAUUCGGUUGCAUGACGGCCGUAAUUGAUUGAUUACACACAACUGGGAAGAAGAAGAAGAAAUAAGAAAUAAGAGAAGAGUUGUUCCUCCUUGGCUCUGAGAUUCUUCCUCUGUUGUAUUCCGACUAUCAUUUCGCCAGCCACCAGAAGUGCACCGUCCAGCCAUUACCACCAUCACGGAGUGCGUGUAUCCGUGACGUCCGUCGCCCGCCUGUGAUCGUGUACGAGCGGUUGGUUAGGUUUCGCUGCUCGACACAGUGCGUGGUUGCAUUCUUGAUAUUUCAUUAAAAGCCCCAACCGAAGAGAGAAACAAGCAACGGUGCUGCUGCUGCUGCCAUUGCCGUGGUGAUAUGCGCCGAUCAUGGCACCGGCCCCGACUCACUGGACGCGUUUCCUACAAUGUUCCACCUGCCUCUACUCGAAGCAGCAAAGAUCCGAUGAGAAUGGCACCGAACCGCUGAUGAGUCGUCCGUCAUCCGGCGCUAGACAGGCGACCAUCUCGCCAUCUCGCCGGAUGGACUCUUUGUCGGGCUGCGGAGGACCGUCGUCGUCGUCGGCCAUGGACUUGAGUUUCGUGACGGAACGAAUUCUGGCGCUGAGUUUCCCGCCCGAAAUGGACACGUCCACAUACAGAGAAGCCCUUCACCAGGCGGCCAGCAUGCUUCAGACCAAGCACGGCGACAAUUACAUGGUGUUCAACCUGUCGUUGCCGAGGAAAGAGAUUGGCCUGUGGAACCCUCGAGUGUUGGACGUUGGGUGGCCGGAUCAACUAGCCCCACCUUUGGAAAGACUCUGCUCCGUCUGCCGGGCGCUCGACUCCUGGCUCCAAGCUGAUCCCCAACACGUCGCUGUUCUCCAUUCCAAGUGCGGUUUGCAGCGUGUGGGCGUGGUGGUAGCGGCCUACUGCGAGUACACUGGACUCUGCCCGCCCAAUCAGCAGGAGCAGCAAUCGUUGGAUCGCUUCUCCAUGAAGCGGUUCCUCAACGAACGAGUCGGCGGACUCCGAACGCCAUCCGACAAAAGGUAUGUGGAAUACUUUGCCGGACUGUUGUCGGGUGCCAUUCAGGUCAAUUCCAGUCCGCUUUUCCUGGAUCACGUCACCGUCGUCGGCAUUCCGGCUUUCCAGUCCAACGGCGGCUGCCGCGCCUUUUUCAAAGUGUACCAAGGUAGCGUUCCCGUGCACACGUCGUCCAUCUACAACCUGCACGACAGCGCCCGCCAUUUCACCAUGUCGCUGGGCGAGCGCGGCCUGGCGCUGCGCGGCGACAUCCUGGUCAAGUGCUACCACCGCCACCGACUACCGGUAGAUGGCCGUGAGACCAUCUUCAGCCUCCAGUUCCACACCUGCGCCGUCACCCAGCACACGCUAGUCUUCCAGCGCCAAGAUCUGGACGACGCCUGUCAAGAUUUGCGUUUCCCGCUGGACGGUUCGGUUCGACUGCACUUCUCAACGAGUCCCGAGUCCCGCCUGAUGGGCGUCAAUGAAACGCACACCCGUUACACGGUCGAGUCGUCGACAGGCGAUCCGGUCGUUCGCUGGGAUAGUUACGACACCAUGACUGACUCGGCCAGCUGUCCGGAUGAUCAUCAUCAUCAUGACGUCUCGUCUGCCGGAUCGACACAAAAUCACCGAUUGGCGCAUACGUACGGGCCGUUGGAUGGUUCGCUGUACGCCAAAGUGCUGAAACAGAACAGUCCAAAGACACCGCCCAGCAGUAGUCCGCCGCCGUUAGUCGUGACUGGACAGACGUCCAGCAGCAGCGGAGAGCAGCGGAGUGCCAGUCGAUUCAGCGAUCCGUCAUCGUCGUCUUUGACAUCUGGCGGAACGUCUGCCGAUUACCACCACCUGCAUCACCAUCUGAAUCACCACCACCACCUGAGUCAUCACCCGGUCCAGUUCCUCAACAGUCCGCAUGUGGCCUCGACCGAUUCCGGAAUCUCGUCGGCCGGCGUAGUGCGCAGCGGAGGAGGCAGCAGCACCCACAACCGGGAAUUGGGAGGCAGCGGGAGCACAUCCGCGUCGCCUCCGCAUUCCGGCCGAUCGGCCGAGUCCUCUGGAGCCGGUGGAGUGUUUUUGGACCCGCCGCCGCAGACGCCCAGCCCCGUCCAGCAGCAGCAGCAACAACAACAACAACAACUACAGUCGUCACCGCAGGCAGGGCUGCAAAGGAUGCCGAGCAUUGUGGAGACACGGGCGGAGAUCCAUCGGGCGGACGGCCGUGACGUCAUGAUGACGGGCUCUUCUUCGUCUUCAUCUUCGGCUCCGCCUCCACCAUCGCUCACGGCCACUGCCGAGCUGGACCAACUGUUGAGUGGUAUGCUCAUGAACGUUCAAAACAUCCCCGACAUCCGACCCGAGCACAGGCACCACUACCACCAGCGAGGUGACGACAUUGACGUCGACAGCAUUCAGGUCAAGUUUGAUUUGACGCCAACCCGGGACACGACGGAUCGCUCGGCUCCUCCUCCAUCAUCGCAUCCGGUUGUCAGGAAGAACAGCAACAACUCGUCGUCGGGCUACGUCUACGAGAGCGACACUGUCCGACGGGCGUAUCCAGCAGCUCCUCCCACGACGCAAGCCGACGCGGCGCCCGUCCUGAAAAUGCCUUCCGGUCCAGUUCCGCAGACUCCGCCGCCGUCCCAGCAGCAGCAGCAGCCGUCGGUGAGACCCAAAGAUAUUCCGUACCACGCCCGCGAGGAUAGUAAACCGUUCACGUACGGGAUGGUGGGCAUGGCGGCCCCGCCAACCAACGGCCACCACCACCACCACCACCAUCAGGAGAACGGAAACGGCGGAGGCGCCGGAAGUAAUGGCAUGGCGUCGGCGAUGAUGACGAGCACGCCAGUGGCCAGCGCCUCUAUGCACGGACGCAACUGGAAAGAGUCCAGCAGCAACACGAUCAACGGCCAGCAGGCCAGCAAACGCCUGGAGAGUCCCUCACUCGUCAGGAAGUUUUCCAACGGAUCGGAGCCCGUCAACAUCAGUCCGGUUCGCUCCUCGCCGAGGAUCCCAGUUCCGUCCAUCGCCGACCCCGUCAGCCCGCGUCCCAUCCGCAAACUCAGCGAGAGCCUGCUCCUGUCCAACGGAGGAGGAGCGACGCCGUCGGACGCCACUUUGGCCAGCAACGCCUCGAUCCAACCGGUGGCCACGUCCAGUCCUCGAUUGGACAAUUCGCGAAAUCGAACCUCAUCCACGACCAGCGAGAUGAUGAAGGCCAUGCCAACCACUCCGCAGCUCCAGCACCGAGACAUCUCGCUGGAGGAAACGAUCCAGGACAUCAGCACUUCGCCCGACUCGUCCCGAAUGUCCAACGACAUGGCCGGCCUGUCGUGGCUGCAGCGCCAGCAGCAGAAACUCCGCGAGCGCAAGGACUCGAUGCGCAGGGCGGAGCGCAAUCCGCAAGAAGUGCGACUCAUGUCGGAGUUGCAAUCCAGCCGACAAUUCAGAGGCCAGCAGCUGUUGCAGCACCAGCAAUCGACGACGAGUUCGACCAUGGGUGGCGGUGGCGGGAGCCACCGACCCGUUGACGACGCCGGUUACCUGAGUGACGUCACCUUGUUCUCGGAGCUCGACAUGGUCAACACGUCCCGCGAAGGAUCGCCCGACAUCCGCAGCCUCUACGCCACGCCCCUACACAUCAACACGGCCGGCACUUACGGCCAGUAUCAACAGUCGAAAGCGGGCCAGGCCGGGAGUGGCGUUAAUAAGACACUGUCAUCGUCCAAUCCGGCAUCUCCGCUGCUCACGCACCGUUCAGCCUCGUUGGAGCGCAGCGGGCGGUACUUGAGCGGUGGCGGGGACAUGCAACAACAACAACAGCAGCAGCAGCAGCAACAACAACAACAGCAGCAGCAAAGGUUGACUCUAACGCGUCAAAAGUCCGAUAUGAGCCAUGACCGAGAACGGCCUUUUGUGGCCGUCAAAAGAGCUCACGAGCAGCACAUCAAGACGCUCAACAACAGCAACGGAGGCCAGCUGAACCCCAAUGACCUGCUAGUGGCUGCCGCUUCACCUUACGGUUUGAUUGGAUACCACAACGGAUCGUCGCCGACAGAGACGGCGGCGGUGGAGCCGUCGGCCAGCCGAACGGGACUGCUGUCGACCGUGACGGACACGACGUCAUCGCCGUCGUCAGCCAACGCGGUACAUCAACCGGUCAAUCGGCUGGGCAACCUCGACUGGCUCAUCCACUCACUCAACACUAACUUGCCUGAUCCUGCUGCACUUAUCCGCCAGCCUAAUCUCACCCCUAACCUCAAACACAUGAUCCAAGGCGGCGGCAACAACAACAACAACAGCACCGCUACCACCACCAACACCACCAGUGUGCAUCAGCGAUCACCGCAGCAUGUUGCCCAUCAGGGCAAAUCACCUCUCAAUAACCGACACCAUUCGUUCAGUAGUAGUCUGCCUGCCCGUGCUAAUUUUGUCCCGGUGACGGGAAUGGCCAGCAACAGCACAAACACUAAUAACAAAUUCCCCAAAUCAUCAGAUAGCGUCAUGUCGUGGAACUCGUCUCUGAGCGGCGACCUUGACAUGUCGGGCAACCGUCCGACGACGCCGGCUUUCCCGGUCGUCCCGCGUACACCUUACCUCAACGUCCACCAUCAAGGCCACUAUGGUGGUGGCCGCCAGUCGAUCGACUCGCCCGUCACUCCGACCUCGUCCCAUUCAGGAGCCGGUCUGCCACCAAAGAGUCCAACUACCCAACGACGCUACCCAGCCGGUUUCCAGCAACAGGUUAAUAUCCAGCCUUAUUCGCCCACUCCGCCCUCUACCGCUAAAAUCCUUCGCAAAUGGCCCUCCAACUCCUCGGUGUCGAGCAAGGAGAGAUCGAUUUCUCCAUCGCCCUCAUCCGCCUAUUUGGGUCAGUCGCAAUCCCGACGUUCUUCCGUCCAAUCCGUCAACGGAUUGAGCGAGCCGCAAGAAGUCAGCUCUGUUCACGUGAAUUUCGUCAAAGACAACUCACGCUAUUGGUACAAGCCCAACAUUGCCCGUGAAGAUGCAAUCAACAUGCUUAAGGAUCAAUCUCCUGGAACGUUCAUCGUCCGUGAUUCAAACUCUUUCCCCGGAGCUUUCGGUCUGGCCCUCAAGGUGGCCACACCACCUCCGCACGUGGCCGGAAAGAACAUUGCCGACCCGUCCAGCGAGCUGGUCCGCCACUUUCUUAUCGAGCCGACCUCAAAGGGUGUCCGAAUCAAGGGCUGCAGCAAUGAACCCGUUUUCGGAUCCCUAUCGGCACUUAUCUACCAGCACUCGGUGACACCGUUAGCUCUGCCCAUUAAGCUUGUUCUGCCCGAAAAUGAUUUGAUGCUCAAGGAUGGCAGUUCGACGGCCGUUCAAUCGCUGGCCAGUCCGACGACUCAAUUGCUGACCCAAGGAGCUGCCUGCAGUCUGCUUUAUCUCUUCACUAUGGACACGGAAUCGUUGACCGGGCCCCAAGCCAUCCAGCGCACCAUGACCCACCUGCUGGACGCCAAACCGCUGCCCGUCCCGACUAUUGUUCACUUUAAAGUCUCGUCGCAGGGCAUCACUCUCACCGACAACGAGAGGAAACUCUUUUUCAGGCGACAUUAUCCCGUGUUGACCGUUUCCUAUUGUGGACUGGAUCCUGAGGAUCGACGCUGGAACCAGCGUAGCGAGGAAACGGGAUUGCCCAUCAGUUCAAAUCGCUGCUUUGGAUUUAUUGCUCGUAAACAAGCCAGCAAAACUGAUAACCAGUGCCACAUUUUUGCUGAACUUGAAGCCGAACAGCCAGCCACGGCUAUCGUCAACUUCGUCACUAAAGUCAUGAUGACCUCUUCUCCUUCUCCGUCGUCUAGCCACAGCAAGAACAACGUUUGAAAAUUCUUUUUAAAAAAUGACUUUGUUGGUUUUUGUUUCUUCAGAUUUACUAGUUCGGCUUUUUGUGUGCGUGUGUGCGUGUGUGAGUGUGGUUAUUUAACUAAACUUCAUUCUUCGUCGUUCAAAAAUGGGGAGGGAAAUUUUUACAUCCCGACCCGUACAUCAACACACUAAAGGCGAAAACAAAACAAACGCAUAUUAUACAUUUAAAAGAGUAAAAAUCCCGUUUUGCGGCUGUACCUGUUCGUACAAUUUGCAGUUGUUGCUCCUUGGCCGCUGUCACUCUCUACUUUUGACUAAUCUGUAAUGCGAAUCUUCUGCAUGCCUAUAUAAUUCGUUUAAUUGGCGUUCUUUCGUUGACACAUUUAUAUACAUAAUAACUGGCUGGUUUCUUUCAUUUUUUGAUUGUAAAUAUUCUCUCCCUCCUCUCGAUAUUCUCGAUAUUUGUUAUGGGUUAAUUGCUGUUCUUUUAUUUUGUAUUUUAUUUUGGAUGGGUAUAUGCAAAACAGUUUUACGUGAAUUGAAUUUUCUUGAUAACCCAAUUUCAUACAAUCUAUUAAGAAAAAAUGAUGUGAAAGAGACAAAAAAAAAAUGAUGGAAUACCCAUUUUUAUGUGCCAUUUUUAAUGCCAAUUUGCUGCAGAGAUCAGCCUUUAAUGCCCACAAUUAUUAGCGAGAGAAAAAAAAGAGGAAGAGAGAGAGAGACUGUAGUGGCCGCAAUCCGUUAUUGACUUUCUUCACCUGUCCAAUUCGACUAGUAGCGAGAACAAAGUCCCUAGCAUGAAGAGCUUGAUUAACCCAUUGAUUUUCUUCCUCUUCGUCUAGCUACACAUGCCACCGCCCUGUACUUUGCCAUCGUUUCAUGUUAUUUCGACUCCCAUUUCCCCUUUUGAAAAAGCAAAGAACACAUAUUAACCACAGUUGAUUGGUGACAUGAGCCUGUAGAAUUAUACAUAAUGACUUGAUUUAUAAAUAUGCAUAUAAACACAAUUCAUCGUAAUACAUAACCGAGUGUUCCUAAUAUUAAAAAAACAAAACAAACGGUAUAUUGGAUAUAUUGACGCGCGUGUGUGUGUGUGGAAUUAUCGGUUGAUUUUCUAUUGGUCUUCGUGCAGUAGCUGAACACAAAAAUACACAGCUUCCAUUCUCUUCCCGAAAAA